CCAAGCCUAUGACGUCAGCUGUGUUGCACCAUUUAUUCAAGACGAAAGAUCCAGCACAGUUUUAAACUUUUUUAAGCCUCUUUACUUGGUAAUUUGCUACAUUUGUCAACAGAACAUUACCAUAGUUUAAUUCGCUUUGUACUACAGAUUCUGCAAGUUGCUUACGUAGGAUGUAUGAUGUAAAUCUCCUCAACCUUCUAAGAUUAACAAGUAUUCCAUUACAUCUUAUUGUCCAUUGAUCCUAUUGUCAAUCCAACAUGUUCCUUAAAGUCCAUGUUGAUUUAAGGUUACACCAAGAGUUUCCAUGAUGUAACACGUUCAAUGUUUGAUUUCUCAGUUGUUAAAGAAUUUUGGUCAAUGUUGUGUAAGUUGUGAAUUUUAGACAAUCUGGUUCCAGAAAAUCACAUAGUUUUCGUCUUCGGUUGAAGGAUAAGUUGUUAUCUAGAGACCAACUCUGUAAGUUCUGAAGAUCUCUCCUAACGUUAUCAAUACAUUCAUUUCUAUGAACCACUUUCAAAUGCGCGUAGAGCGUGGUGUCGUCUGCAUACUGAAGAACUGUGGAAGUAUUGACACAGUCACUCAGGUCAUUAACAUAUAGAUUGAAAAUCAAGGGACCCAGUAUGGAGCCUUGGGGCACUCCGAAGACUACUUGAGAUAUGCUAGAUUUUUUAUCAUUUACAUGGCAUAAUUUAUUGACAAAAUCACUUUCUUAUAUUACCGGCGGAAAAUAAGCAAAUGGGGAAAGGCGGAAUUUUAUUUCUGUUUAAAAAUUACAAAUCAAACAAUCAAAUUAAAACCAUGUCAAUAAAAAUCAAUGCGAAAUAUAAAUAUACCAACCACGCCCACACAUCUUUAACAAUUGUGAGUUUAAGACAUAAUUUUUUUUAUUAUUAUUACAGAACUUGAAUAACACAAAAAGAAUAUGGUGUCGCUAAUUCCGAUUUGGUUGUUAACAUUGAUACCACUGAACUGGUGUAUUAUCCCUAAUAGUCUAGUACCAGGGUCUGGGACAUUUAAAAUCGCAGGAAUACUUAAUAUCAUUAGCAAAGAUGGCAAAAUCAACUUACAAUCGGGUUUUAUGAUGGCUUCAGCAAUGGAAUAUGCUAUGAUGAGAGGACCAAGCCAUGUAAAUGGUUACAAUAUGUCACUAACUAUCCUGAACUGUGAAGACGAAAAGAAUGUUCGUGAAAUAAUAUUAAAAACCUUUACCUACGACUACUCCUUCAUUGUGGGUCCCUUUUCUUCCGAAACGUCAUACAUUGGUAGUAUAUUGACUGGUACCUUCAAAAGUACAGCCAUUAGUUAUUCAGCUACAUAUUCUGACUUCAGUAAGCAUGGCAUGGAUGAAGGCUAUAUGCUUAGAACGGUUCCCUCUGACAUAUAUCGCAUAGAAGCAGCCCUUCGCUUCAUAGAACAUAUGAAUUGGAAUUACAUUGGAGUUGUUAGUUCAUUUAAUUAUAAUGGAGAACGAGAUGCUUCAAAGUUUAUCCCAAAGUUACGAGGUGUGAAUGCUUGCCUAGCAGUUCAUAUCCAUCUUAAAAAUAAUGCUCAAUUGUAUAAUGAUACCUCAAUCCUUGAAACAUUAGUUUCCGAUGAUCGAUUGAAAACAUUGGUGCUAUUCACAACAAGAGAAGAUUCACGAAAACUUUUUAUUGAGAUUAAUAAACUAAAUUUAACGCGAAGGUAUUACAUCCUGUGCAUGUAUGGUUGCACAAACUAUGUUGAAGUUACGGAAGGAAUAGAAGAGAUUGUUACAGGUGUGAUCAGCCUUGACAUCCAUUAUCCAGAAGUGCGAGGAUUCAAGGAGUAUUUCUUGAAACAAAAACCAACACGUUAUUCUCCUAAAUACUUUAAGAAAUACUGGGAAAACAUUUUUACCUGCACUUUUUCAAAUACAACAGGAAGGAAUUCAUCCUUACCACAAUGUACAGGAGAUGAAAUAAUGACAGAGAGACACUACUAUAGCCAAACACCAGUAGCUACAAUUUUCAAUGCUGUAUCCAUAAUACAGUACACCUUUAAGAAUAUUAUCGAAAUAUUAUGCCAAAAGAAGUACAACAACCAAUCUUGUUUUGUAAACCCAACAGAAUCACACAAACUAGCACAAUAUAUUUUUCGUCGAACAAAGUCAGUUUCAAACGUGUUGGGUGAUGGUACCACCAUGUUCAACAGUCCUUAUGUAGAGAGUGAUCCAAAGAAGAUCCGUUUUGAUUUUCAUCAAUUUAUUUCUCGAUCAAAAGAACCUACUCAAAACAAUCUUAUUGGUAGUUGGAGCAUACAAGUUCAACCAACAGAAGUUAAACCAGGUAAAGAACCGGUUAUUAAACGCGAAAAUGGUGUGUUUGUUACAAACACUGAUUGGAAUAAAACAAAUGGAAAACAAUGGCACAUGAGAGCGUUGUGUAGCGAGGCGUGUGAUCCCGGUUUUGUUAGGGAGAAGGACAUAGACGUGUCAAAAAAUGAAUGUUGCUGGCGUUGCGAAGAAUGUCCAAGUAAUAGUAUAGUGAUUGAAAACAAAUGUGUGGCAUGUGAAGACGUAGAAAAGGCGGAUAUCUACAAAAACACAUGCAAACAACUACCAGUGCACUUACUGAAUUUUGACAGUACAGUGACACCUUACAUUAUGACAAUGUUUUGCACUAUCGGUUUGAUCCUUGAUAUCAUUGUUGUCGGUUUUUUUAUAAAGUACAAUAAUUGUCCACUUGUAAAAGCGUCCGGCCGGGAUUUAUGUUACUUAAUUUUGAUAGGUGUUGGUAUCAUCUUCUUAUCUCCUUUCCUUUUCAUUCAGAAACCAACAUUACAAAGCUGCAUAGUCCGUUCUGGUCUUCCUGGCAUUGCCUUUUUAUGUUGUUAUGCUCCCUUGUUUUUAAAAAUCCAAAGAAUCUAUCGUAUAUUUACUCAUGCUAAAAAUUCAGUCAAACGGCCGCAUAUGGUAGGCACGAGGUCCCUUUUGAUGUUGUCAUUGGGUUUCAUUAUCGCACAGAUUGUUUUAACUGGAGUUUGGUUCUUGUCAAAUACUCCUUUACCGAUUGCCUUUGUAUCUGAUAGCAACGAUUUUGUCACAAUACAUUGUGAUGGUGAUACAAAUCCGAUCUUGUUAUUUUUAAACAUGGCUAUCAGUGUCAUGUUUAUGCUCGCAUGCACUGUCCUUGCUUAUAAAACAAGACACUAUCCAAAGAAUUACAACGAAGCAAAACACAUUGGGAUAACAUUGUACAUCACGUGUGUUGCAUGGUCCAUCUUCAUCCCUGCAUACUUUCUUCUUCCUGAGAGUGAUUACGUGAGAGAGUAUUUCAUGUGUGGUAUAUGCAUUGUGAUCGGUUAUGUCACCUUAUUUGGAUUGUUUGGUUACAAGAUUCGACUUCUUACAUGUCAACGUCAUAUUAAAACCAGCGGAGAACAUCUCCCUACAUGGUUUUUAAGCCAGCACAGUUCCCACACUCACACCUGUACAGAGCAUGUGACGCAAUUUACGACAGACAAUUUUGGACAAAGUGAUUCGUUGAUGUGAAAGUUUCAAAAUCAAUUAUUGGUAUAAGAAAGUCUGUAAAAAAUGAUGAAAUUUGAGUUCAAUGCUUAUUUUUUUUUCUGUUUGGAAUACGUCAACAACCAUAAAAGUUUUAGUUUUAAAUCAAUGGAUAAGCUUUUGUAUUUUUUACGCUGUUAUUUUUUUUUUAUCUUUAUCGGGCGUUUUUUUUUAAUAUUAUUGUUUAAUAUUUUAAUAAUAUGUAUAAAAAACAAUUGCAAUGCGCAUUAUCCACAGUUAUUCCUCGUUUUCUCCUGGAACAAACAACUCAUGCAUGUUCUCACCAAAUACGCAAAUGGGGAAUGUGGCAGUAAAAUUAAUUAUCAAGGGGUUGUUCAUGGACUUACAUUUCUCAAAUACCUUUGUUUUUGAUUUAUAGUAAGGACAUGCUUAUGUUCAAAUGAGCGUUAUGGUCAGCUGUAUUUGAAAUUUUGGGUAUUUUUAUAAAAAAGCAUUUUUCUC